GUACGAUAAGCAGGUAAUUUUCCGUGCGUAAACAUGUCAGCCAAUCAGGACAGCCAUGCGUUUCUACGUCAGCACUCUUUCACGCGCUGUCACCUGAAGCUGUGAAACUCACCUGUGAGCGCGCACUGGGCUGGGCGCGGAAGCUCAACAUGUGGGGGUUCAUCUCGUACCUGAACAGCCCCGAGCUGGUGGCCGGCUUCCAGCGGAGCUGCGGUCUGGUUCCGAGAGACACGUGCUCGUAUGUUAGUCAAAACGGACUCGUACACUCGAAUGGAUCCGGUAAGGACGGACCGGUCACGAUCCACCGGCGCAAAGCGGAGCAGGUGGCGAACGGGACGUCACGCGCACACGACAGUAACUCCAACUAUAAAUCCGCCAGUUCACAGUAUGAAACCAAAGGCGAAGAACAUCACAGGCCUCAUUAUGAGGUGAGGAACUGGCUCUUCUACUUCCUGUUUGUGACAUCAGCCACUCUGGGGCAUGAGGUCUUUUACAUCACCUUCCUCCCCUGCAUCCACUGGAACCUCGACCCGUUUCUGUGCAGGCGGCUUGUCAAUGUGUGGGCUGUGGUGAUGUAUAUUGGGCAAGUGAUGAAGGAUAUUUUAAAGCUGCCGCGUCCUCCAUCUCCCCCCGUGGUCAAACUGGAGACGCGUGUGGAUGCGGAGUACGGGAUGCCAUCCACGCACGCCAUGGCAGCGACGGCCAUCUCAUUUACACUGCUUCUCAGCGCUCAGGAGAGAGUGAAGUUCCCGUUUGAACUGGGACUGAUUGUGGCCGUGGUUCUGUCUGCGCUGGUGGGUCUGAGCCGUCUUUAUACCGGCAUGCACUCUGCUCUGGAUGUGAUCUGUGGUGUUUUUAUUUCCGCUGUCAUCAUGGCUGUGUCGUACCCGUACUGGGGAACCAUUGACUACCUGCAGCUGCACAAUCCUCUCUCCCCCGUGGUGGGGUUGGUUCUGCCCCUCUUCCUGGCCUAUAAGUACCCCGAGCUGGACCAUUACAGCACCACACGGGGGGACACCACCAUUAUUUUAGCGUGCUUUUCGGGAAGUUCAGUCGGAUACUGGGUGAAUGAGCGAUUGGGCUUGACCUUUGACCUAGCCGGGCCUUUUCCAGUGACCCUCCCACCGCUGACCCUCGUGGCCUUGGGUCUCGGUGUUGCACGGUUCCUGGUCGGGGUGGGGAUGCUGGUCCUGACCCGGCAGACGGUGCGCUGGGCGAGUCUGCGGGUGCUCUGUCGAAUUAACGGAGCGUCUGUGAGUGACGUUGAUGCACGCAGGAGGAAAGAGAUCGAGGUGCCGUAUAAGUUCAGCACGUAUGUUACCAUCGGACUGGUCAACAGUAUCUUAGUGAACAGAGUCUAUGUGAUGAUGGGACUCUGGGAUUUGGGAAAUUCAGUGUAAAUACACAGUGUUUACAGGCAAGUUUGAACAUAAUCUCACUCUGUAAUUCAUUCUGAGGGAGAAAUCCACUUGUAGUCUUUAUUCAGGAUUGGUUGGCACAUAUAAUUGAACGGUAGUCUGUUAAACCUACUAGCUGUAUUUGAAAACCGAAUUACAUUUUGUGGCUUGAUAUUGAAGGGGGAAUAUUCUUGGUGAAAUACAAGCUAAAGGUGAACAGUGUAAUUUCUGUGUCACCAACUGAAAUCAGAAACGCUUACAAAUCAUUUGAAAAAUGACUAAUGCAAAUUUCCUUUAAGAGUUAACAUUUUUGUUUGUGAAAAAAUAGUGUAGUUUCCAGUUGCACCCUCCCAAAGUCAAUGUUUUUUUUUUAACAGGUUUUUGUGUUUACGGAAGUUAUUCUCACGUUUUAUUCUACAACAUAAAAUACGUAAAUAAUAGCCCACUGAUUUUUGUUUUCGAGCUUUUACUUGAAAAAGAUGGUUGCUUGCUACAAAUGUAUUGUGGGACACUAGACGUCAUCCCACCAAACAUAUAACCUCAUCUACUCACUAGUUCAUUCACAGCCUCAAUAUGAUUAGAAUCACACUCUUGCAAACGAUUCUAACUCAAACGAAUCAACUAAGGAUUGAAACGCCACUUGUCAAGUCUGUGCUGACAUUGAUCAUUAAAUAGUCAAGUUUCGAUCAUACUUUUUUGUGGGAUAAUUCAAUGUAUGCCUGGAAUAUUAUGUUAUAUUAUAUAUUUUAACAUUACACAUUUCACCUCUAUAGGAAACUGUUGAUUCCUACUUUCACCCAUAACUUAAGUCAGUGGUGCAAAGUUAUGGUCGUUGCCCAAUAGUCUUCCAAUCUAAAAGCAUUUUUUAUCAGGUAAAACUGUUAGACAAAUUGAUAUUAUUUUCUGAGGUAAUAAGAGUAAAUGGAUAUAACAUGGCUUUUUUUUUUAAAGUGUUGCAUGAAAAGUUAGAUUUUGCAUUUAAACCCACAGAGUAGAUACAAUCACUUUUACCAUUGUUGAGGGAUUUCAGUGGCCCUCAAAAUAUUGCUCAAAUUUUGCGGAUGUGGUCGCAGUGCGGUCCUUGAAGAAAAAGGUCUGAGUUCAGUUUUGUGACAUCACAAUGACAAUGCAAAAAGAUAGAUGAUGAUGUUAGUGAUCACAGAUGAUGUUUAAUAAUUACCAUUUUUACCAACACAGUGAUUUUGACUGCCUCAAAUCUGUUUUUUGUUUUGUUAUGUUAUUCAUUUGGUAUUUAUUACAAAAUACUGAAGAACAUUAUUUGUAAUUUGAGUUGCCAGGUAUGAUACUCAGGAUGUGUGUUUAUGAGCUUUUACAAAUGUGGUAAAAGAAAUGAAUAAACACAGUAAAAACAGUG